CUUUGCCAUAUGCCGGGAUGUAGGUUUUCAGAAGUGGAAGGCACGAAAAUCCCUGGUUGUUCUGGCCAAAUUCAGGGCGGGCCCGAUUUUCAAUUCCGGCAGGCCUCUUGGUUCCUGCAGUGUGCAGCAGUAACCGCCCGCCCCGUUCCUGCCAAGUCCAUACGCUAAGACUUGGUCUAAUCUCGUUUCGACCCUCUCUUAUGUUUGGCCAAUGCUACCCCCCCCGAAUCGCCGCGCUCAUUUUCCUGCCCACUUCACCCUUAACAGACAUAAACCCCCCGAAAUGUCGUCGCUACCUUCGUUUUGAUUUUCCUUCCGCCCACCGCUCCUCCGCGUUGAUUCCUACAUCCAACAGGGAGAUUGAUCUUCCUAUCACACUCUUUUUGGGACCGCGACGAUUUGAAGCCUACGGGACAGAAACAAACACUCUUUUGGUGAAGUAGCAAAGAAACAAGAAAAAGUUUUUACCUAUCCACCUAGGUACCUUGCUCUUACUACCUGUUAGCUCCUAACAGCUACUAAGAGCAUAUAUUUCCCGGCCAAACGCGCCCCCAACCCCUUCGACUGUGCAAAUCAGUUCUUAUUUGAACUCGAUCUAUUUUCACGAUGAAGGGACUGGCUCAUUUCACCCUGGCGGUCACGCUCAUCGCGGGCGCCGCUGAGGCUCAGCAUGUCAACCACCACCGUCACCUGCACGUCAAGAGGAACGCUUUCGCUAAGCGCUCCCCCGAGGUGGUCGUCAAGUAUGAGCAGGGCCCGACCGAGACCACCUAUGUUCUUGAUGGCAAGGCCAUGAGCGCCGAUGAGGCCAAGGCCGGAAUCGCCGAUGGCCGUUACCUUGUGGUCGGCGAGUCCCAGCCGACUUUCACGACGCCGCAGUCGACCCCCACGCCGAAGACGACCACUCAAGCUGCCAUAUUCGUUGAGCAGAAGACGACCUCCUCGUCGUCAUCUGAGACGCCCAAGGCUACCUCGGCUGCCCCUUCGAGCUCGAACAACGACUCCACCUCCACGGGUCUGGAUGCUGAGUUUCCUAACGGCACGAUCCCUUGCUCAUCGCUGCCUACCCAGUAUGGCCCAAGGCCUCUUAGCUGGCUUGGAAUCGACGGCUGGGCCAGCAUCAUGCAGCCUGGUGAUAAGAAGUGGACUCCCGGCACACUUAUCGCCACUCUCAACCAGGCCGUUUCGGGAGGCUGCAUGAAGAACUCCUUUUGCUCGUAUGCAUGCCCCAACGGCUACCAGAAGACCCAGUGGCCCGAGACGUCGCAGGGUGCUACGGGACAGUCUAUCGGCGGUCUUUGGUGCAACGCCGACGGCUACCUCGAGCUCACCAGGCCCGAGGUCAAGACCUUGUGCACACCCGGCGCGGGCGGUGUCUUUGUCCAGAACAACCUUUCCGGUAAAGCCGUCAUCUGUCAAACCGACUAUCCCGGCAACGAAAAGAUGUCGAUUUCUCUCGAGACCUCGCCCGGCCAGAAGUAUACUCUCACAAACCCUGACGCCAAGAAGUCGUACUACUGGAAGGGAUCUCCCACUAGCGCCCAGUACUAUGUCAACCCACUCAACGUCGCGGUUGAGGAUGCCUGUGUCUGGAACAGCCCCACUAACCCUGACUCCGCUGGCAACUGGGCCCCCGUCAACCUGGGCGUUGGCAAAGAUGUUCACGGCAUUACGUAUCUUUCCAUAUUCAAGAACUCGCCUACCAGCAACGCGGAACUCGAUUACGAUAUUGAAAUCACUGGUGAUAUUACUGCUUCUUGCGCCCUUAAGGGCGGAAAAUACACUGGCGGUGGCACCGGUUGCACUACUGCCAUCAGCAAGAGCGGUGGCCAGGCGACCAUCGUUUUGAGCAAGAGCAGCUAAAUGUCCCAGUGAGGUGUUUCUUUUGUUGUUGGAUUCGUAGGUGUCUCCUUUAAAACGUCAAUGUAUCUGGGGUGGCACCGUCUGCUUUGGUCGAUCUUUCGUUCUCGCAAAAGCGCGUAUAGUGACUAUGACCUCGCAUUAAGCGCGCAAUCGGGGAGGCUUUAGCCUUUUGUUUAAUGUUUCAUUAUUAUUUAUCUGAGCAUGUUUGAUACCUUGCAUUGGUGAUGACAUUGGUUUCGGUCACUGAAAGUUGCGGUCCGGUGUUCAUUUACACAAGAUAGUUUCUGUUGCUGGAGGUCGCAAAAUGACCGAACAGAAUGGGUUGUUUUGUUUGAUCUGGACCUGACGGUAUUUUUUUUUAUAUCGUAAACAGUUGAGUUGUGUCAUCUAUUAUAACCGCAUUUGAGUUUGUUUCAUUUACCGCCAUGGAAAAUAUCAUGUC